AUGGGCUGUAUCCAGCACAGCUACACCUGCUUCCCCCAGCACAGCUACACCUACUCUCCCCCAAACUACCACACCUGCUUCCCCCAGCACAGCUACACCUGCUUCCCCCAGCACAGCUACACCUACUCUCCCCCAAACUACCACACCUGCUUCCCCCAGCACAGCUACACCUGCUCCCCCAACACAGCUACACCUACUCCCCCACAAACCACUACACCUGCUCCCCCCAGCACAGCUACACCUAUUCCCCCACAAACUACCACACCUGAUCCCCCCAGCACAGCUACACCUACUCCCCCACAAACCACUACACCUGCUCCCCCCAGCACAGAUACUCCUACUGCCCCCCAAACUACCACACCUGCUCCCCCCACAAAUAGUACAAUUGGUAUCACUACAAGUAACUCUGCUACAGGAACAACAGCUGUUGAUAACUCCACCACCGCAUCAACAGAUGAAAGAACCACAAUCGCUGGUUCCUCAGGUACCCAAGAUCCUUGCCAAUCGAAUUCCUGUGGAGGUGAUGCUUCAUGUGUUAGUCUGAAUAAUACAUUUUUUUGCCUGUGUUCAGAUGGGUAUUACUAUAACUCUUCCAGAUGUAUGAAAGGAAAAACAUUCCCUGGAACGAUAACAGUGAAACAAUCGGAAACAGCUGGCUUGGAAGAUACAAAUUCUAAAGCCUAUGAAGACUUAUAUAAUAAAAUCAAAGACUUUUUUCAAAAUGCAUUUAAGGAAUCCGAUUUUGGACAGACUGUAAUUAUUAAAGUAAGCAUAUCUCCUUCAGCAAGAUCUGAAAUGCGUAAUGCCAAGUCUGUGAAUGCAGAAGUAAUAAACAUUUUUGCAGAAACUACAACAAUGGAUGAGCAGACUGUAUCUUCAGCAAUUGAAGCAGAAAUUAAAAAGAACUCAAAUGACUUUACAGGAUUUACUCCGCAAGAAUUAUGUGAUUAUUAUGGUUGUGUAAAGGAUCCUCAAGAUAACUGCAGCAGUGCUAAACUGUGUAAAUGCAAAGAGGGGCUGGAAAGACCUCACCCACUGGUCACUUUCUGUUUUGCUCCCAGUCCAAAGUGCCCUGAUAAUUGCACUGCAGACUACAACAAGCAAUGCUUAACACAGGAAGAUGGUGGAGCUCCGCGCUGUGUGUGCCUCUCAGGCUACAAGGCAAAUAACGAUGGGACCUGUCAAAAGUGUGCGUUUGGCUACAGAGGAGUAGACUGUCAAGACCAAACUGAGCUGAUCCUCACCAUCGUGGGCACCCUUGCUGGCAUCCUCAUUCUCUGCUUGGUGAUCACAUUGAUUGUUUCAAUAAGAUCAAAGAAAAAAAGCAAGAAUAUUGAAGAACGGAACUUGAUUGAGAAUGAUUUUCAAAAUCUGAGACUGCAGCAGACAGGAUUCAGCAACCUGGGAGCAGAUGGGAGCAUCUUCCCUAAAGUCAGGGCAACGGUCCCCAAAGACAAUCAGUUACAAAAUCCCUAUUCAAAUGAAUUUUCUUUCAACCAGAGAAACCUCCACUAUUAGAAUGGUCAAGUUUUGGAACCAUCCAUGGCCCAACCCAAUGUACAUGCCAUUAUUUUGAGUAUUUGGAAGAAUGACAGAAGUGAGCACUGAUGACCACCUGGGCAUUUCUCUUCCACCCAAUAUCAGCCUCUCUGAAUGGACAUAGUGAAUGUUCCCUGGAAUUAAAUGCACAUAGAGGCUAUUAGCACUUCUAAGAUCAGUGAUUUUCUCCACUCAGUACUACUAAGACAAUGGUUAUGGCUUUUCCCCACCUAGUGGAACAACAUCAACAGCCGUUUCCUAUCUAGAAGAAAGAUCCCAUGAUUGUUCACUCUUCUGGGAAGGUAGCUCUUGAAUUGAUUUUCUACAGAAAGUAACCUAAUUCUACUCCACAGCAGCUGUGACGGUCUCGGGCCAUCAGAAGAGGUAUCAUCUUUUAAGGUUCUCAGGUUCAUGCUGGCAAUUAAAAUAGGGAUAUUACUUCUGUCCCUCAGAUGUAGGGAUUGCUGCUAGUCUCAAACCAUGGGAGCUUGUGCCCUGACCUCACAGCAAGAAGAGAGAAAAGACACAUAUUUGCCUCUUAGCUUUCUUGGGUGGAGUGACUGGGAACCUAGGAACAUUUUGAUGUUAAUGAGAAGGCCUGGGCUAGUGCUGUCCACCAUGGGGGGCAUUCUGGAGUGUUUGAAAUGUAGUAGGUGGGAUGGGUGAGGAGGAAACAUGACCUGGAGUGGGUGGAAAAAAGGCAAGGGAAGCAGGGGCUGGGAGGAUGAGCAAGGGAGAAGGAACCCAGGGUCCAUAUCCUUGCCCAGACUCCCCUGUCUGAUGAGCCAACGACACUUCCUCUAAUUCAUGUCCUCCCCAAGAGGACGAGGAUCCUAGGAAAACAUGUAAAAACCAAAACUCAAGGAGCAAGAGCUUCAGAUCAGUUUGAAAUUGCAGACAUUCUGUUUGGCUGAGGGUGGGACAGGGGCUUGUGCUCAGGACUCCAGAUGUCCAGCCUGAUGAUGCAGAUUCCAGGGGCACUUCCCCAGGGCCUCAGCCUCCCCUGGUGACAGAGGCUUCGCUGCAGCCACCAAUACACGUCUGCCCAGGAACGGGGGCAGCCGCACUCAGCACAGGCUUUAUUUCAUGUUACUAGUGUCCUUAUUUAUGUUUAAUGUCUGGUCCCAUUGCAAGUUUAUUUUUAUUUGUUUUUAUUAUUCAUUCUUGAGUAUUAACUAUGGAAGUAACACAAUAAAGUAUAUUUGGAAGAGUG